AUGUCCUACGUGAUCGAGAACACAGUAUGGCCAGAUUGGGAGAUUACCCAAGAAAAGCGGGCGUUGCUGAGUCUCUUCUUCGAACUAGCAGAUCUGAAGUCCUCGGAAGCUGGGCCUCGGAUGGCUGCUGAGAUUUUCACUUCAGACGCAGUUCUUGCCGGUGGCAGGGGAAAGAUUUCUGGGACUGAGGGUAACGAUCUCCAUGAGAACCAAAAUGGUGGAUAUAUGACGGUGCUGAUUUACGAAACUAUAGCCAUUACUCAGUCCAGGAAGAACGCGUGGGACCACAUUGACAAGCGAAGACAUGUCCUCUCGCGAGUCUAUACUCUUGACAAGAAAGCGACAGACCUAAUAUUGGUGGGAGAACUCAAAGCGACAACAAAAUCGGGGAAAGACUUUCGACAGGAAUUCUGCGCCAGAGCCGUCGUGGCAGAAGACGCUGCGGCUGGUAAACCUAGGCUAUCCUUAUACCAGGUUUGGGCGGAUCCUACCCCAAUGCAAGAAGCACUGAAGCUUUGA